UCAUGGCAUUGGAGUUCCCGGGUUUGCAGCCUCCGCCGCCGCCUCGUCCACACACCCCAAGCGCCCCUUCUUCCCACAGCAGCAGCGGAGAAGGCGAAGCGCCCGGUGGGGGCGAGGCAGAUGGGGCUCAAGGCUCGCAGGGCGGCGGGGGCGGCCGGCGGCGGCGGCGGCGAAGGGGGCGGCGGAGGCGGCGGGGCAGCUAACCCCGCCGGAGGGGACGCGGCUGUGGCUGGCGACGAGGAGCGGAAAGUCGGGCUGGCGCCAGGAGACGUGGAGCAAGUCACCUUGGCGCUAGGGGCCGGGGCCGACAAAGACGGGACCCUGCUGCUGGAGGGCGGUGGCCGCGAAGAGGGGCAGCGGAGGACCCCGCAGGGCAUCGGGCUCCUGGCCAAGACCCCCCUGAGCCGCCCAGUCAAGAGGAACAACGCCAAGUACAGGCGCAUCCAAACUUUGAUCUACGACGCCCUGGAGAGACCGCGGGGCUGGGCGCUGCUCUACCACGCGCUCGUGUUCCUGAUUGUCCUGGGGUGCUUGAUUCUGGCCGUGCUCACCACCUUCAAGGAGUACGAGACUGUGUCUGGAGAUUGGCUUUUGCUGUUGGAAACAUUUGCUAUUUUCAUCUUUGGAGCCGAGUUUGCUUUGAGGAUCUGGGCCGCCGGAUGUUGCUGUCGAUACAAAGGCUGGCGUGGACGGCUGAAGUUUGCCAGGAAGCCCCUGUGCAUGUUGGACAUCUUCGUGCUGAUUGCCUCUGUGCCAGUGGUUGCCGUGGGAAACCAGGGCAAUGUCCUGGCCACCUCCCUGCGAAGCCUGCGCUUCCUGCAGAUCCUGCGCAUGCUGCGGAUGGACAGGAGGGGAGGCACCUGGAAGCUCCUAGGCUCAGCUAUCUGUGCCCACAGCAAAGAACUCAUCACUGCCUGGUACAUCGGCUUCCUGACACUCAUCCUUUCUUCGUUUCUUGUCUACCUGGUGGAGAAGGAUGUGCCAGAGGUGGACGCACAAGGAGAGGAGAUGAAAGAGGAGUUUGAGACCUAUGCAGAUGCCCUGUGGUGGGGCCUGAUCACACUGGCCACCAUCGGCUAUGGAGACAAGACACCUAAAACCUGGGAAGGACGUCUGAUUGCUGCCACCUUUUCCUUAAUCGGCGUCUCCUUUUUUGCCCUUCCAGCAGGCAUCCUUGGCUCAGGGCUGGCACUCAAGGUACAGGAGCAGCACCGUCAGAAGCAUUUUGAGAAGAGAAGGAAGCCAGCUGCCGAACUCAUCCAGGCUGCCUGGAGAUAUUAUGCUACCAACCCCAAUAGGAUUGAUCUAGUGGCAACCUGGAGAUUUUAUGAAUCAGUUGUCUCUUUCCCAUUUUUCAGGAAAGAACAGCUGGAAGCAGCAGCCAGCCAAAAGCUGGGUCUCUUGGAUCGGGUUCGCCUUUCUAAUCCUCGUGGUAGCAAUACUAAAGGAAAGCUAUUUACCCCUCUGAAUGUAGAUGCCAUAGAAGAAAGCCCUUCUAAAGAACCAAAACCCGUGGGCUUAAACAAUAAAGAGCGUUUCCGCACCGCCUUCCGCAUGAAAGCCUACGCUUUCUGGCAGAGUUCUGAAGAUGCUGGGACAGGCGAUCCCAUGGCAGAAGACAGGGGCUAUGGGAAUGACUUCCUCAUUGAAGACAUGAUCCCCACCCUGAAGGCUGCCAUCCGAGCUGUCAGAAUUCUCCAAUUCCGCCUAUAUAAAAAAAAGUUCAAGGAGACUUUGAGGCCUUAUGAUGUGAAAGAUGUGAUUGAGCAGUAUUCCGCAGGGCAUCUUGACAUGCUUUCCAGGAUAAAGUACCUUCAGACGAGAAUAGAUAUGAUUUUCACCCCUGGACCUCCAUCCACUCCAAAACAUAAGAAGUCUCAGAAAGGCUCAGCAUUUACCUACCCAUCCCAGCAGUCUCCAAGGAAUGAACCAUAUGUAGCCAGGGCAGCCACAUCAGAAACUGAAGACCAAAGCAUGAUGGGGAAGUUUGUAAAAGUUGAAAGACAGGUUCACGACAUGGGGAAGAAACUGGACUUCCUUGUGGACAUGCACAUGCAGCACAUGGAACGCCUGCAGGUCCAUGUCACGGAGUACUACCCGACGAAAGGGGCCUCGUCCCCAGCAGAAGGGGAAAAGAAAGAGGACAACAGGUAUUCUGAUUUGAAAACCAUCAUCUGCAACUACUCAGAGACAGGCCCCCCAGACCCACCCUACAGCUUCCACCAGGUGCCCAUCGACAGAGUCGGCCCCUAUGGGUAUUUUUCACGUGACCCCGUGAACCUGACCCAAGGGGGACCCAGUUCGACAAAGGCUCAGCCCACCCUUCCCUCCUCGGGAAGUACAUAUGCAGAGAGGCCCACAGUUCUGCCCAUAUUGACUCUUCUGGACUCGUGUGUGAGCUACCACUCGCAGACAGAACUGCAAGGCCCCUAUUCGGACCGCAUCUCACCCCGCCAGAGACGCAGCAUCACUAGGGACAGUGACACGCCUCUGUCCCUCAUGUCCGUCAACCACGAGGAGCUGGAGCGGUCUCCAAGUGGCUUCAGCAUCUCCCAGGACAGAGAUGAUUAUAUGUUUGGCCCCAGUGGGGGAUCGAGCUGGAUGAGGGAGAAGAGGUACUUGGCUGAGGGGGAGACGGACACAGACACAGACCCCUUCACGCCUAGUGGUUCCAUGCCUAUGUCAUCCACUGGGGAUGGCAUUUCGGAUUCUAUAUGGACCCCUUCCAACAAGCCCGCUUAGAAGGGGUCACUGGAAGACUCCUGGUACUGUAGACAGACUUUGUACAGCUCACUUCUCUCACGCCUAGCACUUACAAUGGCGUAAGUGGCUGUGUCAAGCGCAUGCAUGUGCGCGGUGGCCCCCCUACAAGCAGGGGCUUCUCACAGCCUUCUUCCUCCCUGUGUCACUGCAACAGAAUCGCUUCCUUUUCAGCAUGGUUUGCAUGACUUGGCACUAUAUAAACGGCACUGUUAGUCUCUUCUAGAUACACAUUUAUCUGCUCUUCUUACUUUCAAUCAUGAUCGAAACAGGGAGACUUACUGGUGAGCUGUGCUAUUGUUUGGUUGGCUGGUUUGGGUUUUGAUUUGGAUAAACUGAGAGCAGAGUUUAAGUUAUUUCUAGGCUCCCUUCCCCUUUGUGUAAAAAAUGCUCCAGUUAAAUCAACUGUUUUCUAAAGCAAGGAAAUAAUUUUCUCAACCAAAUCAUACAGUGCAUUCCAAUGGGGCUGGAGGACAGGAACAAGAUAGUCAAUCAACACCCAAAGCCAAGAUUUUGAAAAGUAUUUCACUAAUGGAAGGCUGGUAAAAUUAUUUAAACACUCCCAAAGGGACUUGGUCUACUGUUUAUACAGUACUGUGCCUCAGUUUCCUCAUCUGUAAGAUGUUGGUGAUCCAAAAUAUAACAUCACACAUGUUUUGGAUUGGUGAGGAGAAAUCUUACAUACAUACCACAAACACAGAAAAAUAGUUCUCAAUUUAUGUAGCCAAAGAUAAUAAAAUUUACCAGAAGUGGGGUGCCCCCUCUAGGCAGGAGUUGUAUUUCAUGUCUUCAAAGUAAGAUUCCAACCCACUCUUCGGCCUGUACUUGAAUCCCAAGUGGAAAUUAGAAUCAAGAGCGAUUAUCUUUCCAAGUCCUCUAUUUAAAAGUGGGAAGUUUGGGCACAAGUCAAGUGACAUUCCUUGAGACACUUGGUUGUCAUGUGUAGAGUAAGGACUCCAAGCCUCUGCCUGGUGAUGACUCACUCCUUGCCUGAGUUUCCCCUCCCAUUAUCCCAUUUGACACCAGGAUGCAGAAAUCAUGCCGAGACACCAGCACUCUUUAUCCAUGAGAUAUAAUCUUCACUCUUUAUUCAAAGCAAGGAGGAUAUCUACUUUGAGCACAAAGCAUGUUCACGUGAUGCUUUGUAUGUGAGAUCCAGGGUGGAGAAUACAAACUAGUUAUGAAUAUGCAAAUAGGAAGAAUUCCCAGAACCAUUGACUUUUACUCCCCCCUCCCCCCAGAUUUUCAAAAUGAAAAUACUAGAACCACCCAAAAUCAAAAGAACUGCUGGAGUGUCAGCCAACAGCCUAGAGAUCCCUGCCCUACUGCAGGAGGAUGGAUGCUAAGCACAAGCCACCCUGUGGCCUCCUGGGAGGUAUUGCUACAUGCUGCAAACCUCUGAUUAAAAAAAAAGGUUGGACUUUGGCUACUCUUGCUAGAUCACUAUGCCACAAUAUUAGUGUCUCAGUCUUCUCACGUAUCAAAACACUGGUUUUAAAUCAUUGCCAUGGUGACCAUUAGGUGAUAAAAAAAAAUACCCCAAAUAAGUGUUUAUAUGCCAAUACUGUUGCUGUGUUGUCAAGAUCCAUAGAUACCAUGGCAGACAUAUGGCUGAUGGUUUCAUAAACUCCUAAUCUUAGGAUCCUGCCCUGUGUUUGGUAGAGAUUCCUCAGCAAUUGGUUUCUUUCAAUCCACAUGCUGAGAUUGGUCCUGUACAAACUGCUGAGAAUAAGUAAUGAUGAAAGCUUGUCCCAUGAUAUAGGUACUUAAAUCCAAAUCUUUCAAUUCCAUGAACUAUGACAAGCACUGAGAAUGGUAAGAAAUAGCUUUCAUGGAUGGUAUCAUGAAUGGAACCUUUAAGUUCAAGGCAGGCAAUAUAGUCACAUACAUUGGAUACAGACCUUUGUGGUUUGCAAAUUGACUUUCUGACAAUCUGAAAGACAAAGACUGUUGCCCUGUCUUCCCAGUUUUUUCAAUAUUAUUUCAGUGGUGCCACUGGGGCUAUAAGAAAACAUACACCUCUUCCAAGGGACUUAGUUCUUGAAUUUGAUCUUCCUAGAAUUUUGUCAUCAGAAAUAGGUGUACUAUCUACUAUCUAGCACCAAAUAUAUGCUACCCUUCUUUAUAUGCAUGGGAUAGGGGAGGAAGUUAGAGAAAAAUAUGUACCAUGUGAUUUUUUUCCUAACAUAUUCACAUUCCUUCAGAACUUCCUAGCAUCGGUAUGUUACACGUGGAUGCAUUUCUUCAGGAGUUCAGUGGAGUUCUUGGUCAAGAAUUCUGUGAACUGAAGCUUGCAUUGUCUUGCAAGCAAACUAUAAGUAAGCAGUCUUGUUUUCCUGAUUCAAAAUCAGAGGGCAGCCGGGCGGUGGUGGCGCACUCCUUUAAUUCCAGCACUUGGGAGGCAGAGGCAGGCGGAUCUCUGUGAGUUCAAUACCAGCCUGGUCUACAAGAGCUAGUUCCAGGACAGGCUCCAAAAACCACAGAGAAACCCUGUCUCGAAAAACCAAAAAAAAAAAAAAAAAAAAAAAAUCAGAGGGGCAGAAAUUAGUUUUGUAUUUGACUAUCAGCAGAUGUCAGUUGUCUGUAUCAGAUAGGCACAACCAAAUACGUAGUGUGUAGAGAACUGCUGUGAAGAGCCCAUCUAAGAGAACAAACAGGAGAAAGAUGGUCUGAGUCCUUCUGCCAUAAUAUUCUUUUAUAGAAUUCUAGACCAGCAAACAAAACCUACUCAUCUAAACCUGAUGGUGCAUUGCAUGAUCACCAUGGGUAGCACUGAGGAUGCAGAAGUUCUACUCUUGGGGGUGAAAUGAUGGUGUGUGUCCCAUGAAGAUCUUUUGUAAGUCAAGAAAAAAAUAAUCUAAGGACAGAAUAAUCCUAAAGAAUUGGAUAACAUGUACCAAAAAUCAUACAAGUAGCUCUGCAGCUUGCUGAGGAAAUCUCAGCAGUUUUUGCAGAAACCUAGAAAUACUGACAAGCUAAUUCCAUCACAAGAACUGGGAAUAGUUUUCUCAGGUAAAAGGAUAAUCUCAUUUUAUAUAUUUGGCUGCAAUGCUUUAAAAUAUAGUACAUUUAAAUUUUUAAGAAGUAGGGCUGGAAGUAUAGCUCAGUGGUAGAGUACUUGCCUAUCAUACAGAAAGUUCUGGCUUUGAUUCCUAGCAUGGCACAACACACACACACACACACAUUAGGGGGAUGUAUCUUAGCAAGCUAAAAAUGAAUAAGAGGAAUCAAUGCUAGUUAAAGGGUAAUUAUAUUAGGCUGAAUAAAAGUCAGUUUAUGUGUAAAUUUGAUUAUUAAAUAUUAUUAUACAGAUAAAUGCUAAAAAGAUACAAAAACUGAAAUUGUGGGAGAAAAAGAAAAUAUUGAAUUGAGAAAAUUUUUCAAUAACUAUUUUUAAAACUUAGAAUUCAGACUUACUAAAUAUGACAUUGAUAUUUUGAAAUCUUGUUUUAAUGAAGUAAAUAGAGAAUACCAAAGUAUAUAGGUAAAACCAAACUAAUUAACUAACAAUUAUGCAUAUUAUGUCUUUUCUGUACAAAGCAGAUCCUAGACAUCGUAACUCAAGCAUAAGCACCCUUUGAAAACAUGGCAUAACAGAAUCUACUCACAAUUUGCCAAAAUAAUUCUCAUAAUGUUAUGCUACUCUGAGAGUGUAAUAAAUAAGUAUUCAUUUGGUUAUUCAUUUAGCAAGAUUUAUGAGGUACCACUGAACUCCAAGGAUUGUGCAAAAGAAUUGCAGAGAUCAGGAAUCCAGUUUCUGUUAUAAGAAAGCUGGUGGCUUCAACCGUCAAUGAUCCUUUUAGACUUUUCCUACCUGAUUUUGUAUCUGCAGACAACUAUCCACUAAUAAUGCCUCCCAGAGGGGAGAAUUAAAAGGUCAACACAGAAGAAACUGGAAGCAAAAGCACUGAACCAAAAUGAUGAUGAUCCUGUCACCUCAGGGAAGGCAGAGAUCAUUGAAUGGGGAAUUUACUUUUGGGUUCAUCAUUUUGGACUCUGUAACACCCAAUAAGUGAUGUAAACGUGUGGGCUCUGAGAAAGGUUCCUGGAAAAACUAGCCUUUUCCAUAUCCCUGCCGCACUGGAGGCCUGGCAAGUAGCUGAGGCAUCUGUCUCACCGUACUGACCAAAAUUGCCUUGGUACAGGUCAUGGCAAAACAUCUAUUCGAAAAGAAGGAAGUCACUUUGCCAGUGAAAAUCUGCAGAUCAAAAUCCUUGGAGGGAAGAGAAGAGAUGAUCUCAGAAGUCAACUUUACUUUUGACAAGGCUGCCACAUAGACCCUGAUUCCCAUGAUACAUUGUUACCCCAGAUGAUGCUGCAUAGAAUAGACCCUCGUUGGUUCUCAUGAAUAUGUCCCAAGGCACCCAGGACCACUGAUAUUUUUAUAGCUUUAGAGUUUGGCGGUAUCCUUAAGAAUUUAUCUUCACUUGUCUUCAAAAGCAUGCUGUUGCCAGCAUGAACUUUAACCUAUAUAUGCUUUCUGUAUCCAAAAGAAAUUCAAAAAUUCUCAUGCUGCUUUUACCCUGUUCAUAACUGAGCCAUCUAUACCCUAAACAUGGCAGCAGAUAGCAACUCAGUAGUUCCCAGAAAUGUUAGAGACUAGAAUACUUAUGAAGCUUUCAUAGGUUUUGAAACCAUGGAGUGAUGAUAACGUCAAACAAAUGGAAAGGAUAUUGAGAUGACUUGUAUAAAAAUCUGAGUUUUGUGACAUUCAAAACUAUUUCAUUCUAUUUUAAAUUUCAAGGGAGACAAUCAACUCUGUAUAAAGCCCUUAGUACAGUAACUGGUCCUGUACCAAAAUUGUCCAUGAUUAUCCAUGUCUGCUGUUUUUACAGUACAUGUAUGCUCCAUAACACUGAUUACUGAUAUUACUUAUGGGAUCUUAAGUUUACAACAGAAAAUAUUUUUUUAGGAAAAAAGAAGCUGGUAGAGAUAUAAUCCAAAUUAUUGCAUGAUAAAACUAGGCAUUUUUUUUCAGUUGCUCUUUAACCAUGUACCUGUCUGCAGCAUGAUUGUUUUUUUCCCUCGUCCCAAUGUAGAAGAUAAGGAAUACUGGAAGGAGCAUUAGGAAUGCUGGUUCUCGGUAGGUAUGUGCUGAAAGUGCUGUUGAACAGAGUGCCAGAUGUAGCCAUAUUCUCUUUUAAAAACUACUUAUAGGAUAUAUAGGCAAAGAGAAACUAAUUAAAUAUGAUAGGAAAGUCAACUAUCAAAGGCUACCAGUAGCACCCUUUCCAUGAAUGGGACAUCUUCAGGAAAGGGCUCCGAACUUGUUCCCAUUCUUCCCUGUGGAUGUGAUCUCAGACUUCCAUGGUCUCAUUUCAGUCUGCUAUCUCUGAUCCAUCUAGGAUCAGAUGUACUUACACAGAAUUGAGGAGAUACAAUUUCACAGACUGUAAAAUGCUCAUAGCAAGACCUUGGUCACUCAUUUCUUUUUUAGGGCAGGGCAUAAAUGCUCAGAGGACAGGGGCCUUAUCCAGGUCUCAUGAUAUUGAAAAUAAAGAUGAAGUAGUGGAGUGAACCUAGAUCUCAGGUCUCCUUACCCCUCGUCCAGAUGUUGACCCCAGAAGAUAAAUGGCAGUUUCCUGCCUCUCUUGAGAAACAGCUGAACCAGAAAUAAUGUUUGAGAGCAUCACUCUAGGGGACUCUAGAAUAGGACUGAUGUUCCCAAGUCCUGAAGAUGUCCCUUCUUCUGAAUAUCUCAUUAUCAAAGGGCCCAGAGAAACCUCGUGUUGUUGAGUAUAGUGAGGUAAAGACAGAAGAACACCCUUUCAACCAUGUCCAUGACUACUGUCCCCCACCAUUAUGACUAUUCUUGCAUUGUCUCUUAUUGUGCCAAUAUUGGACACAAGAUUUGUCUAUCCCAUGGACUCAUUCAGCUCUAUGCACACCUUGAGUUGUAGCCUCAGAUAGAGGUCCAAUGAAUAAGACUUCUCUAUAGAUGUGAUUUAAGUAGGACCUGAUUUCUUUGGGAAUCUGACAUGCCACAAGCUUCCAGUUCUACCAAAGGUGACACUGUGUACCAGAGUAUCUGGGUUUUAUCUGAGCAGGCCUGACUCUUCUUCCUUUACCCCAGGGGAUCCCCAUGCUUGCCAUUUCAUAGACAGACACCUUGGGCCCUUGUCAAAAACUUCCUACAAUCAGUUCUGAUUUAAAUAUAUCAUGUCUGUAUAACUGUGAUAACACCUUAGAGAAUAAACUGGUCUUCAUGACUCAUGUGCAGAUUGCUAGAAGUGUCCACUUGGCCUGUGCUUAGAUUUGCCAGAAUUUGACAGUGUUCCACUAGAGUUUGUAUGAAACCCAUUGGUAGGAUAGGCUGUGUUAGAAAUCCUGUGUUUGCUGGUCCAAAGCUCCUGAAGGAAUCAAAGAGAAAAGUGGAACACUAUAGGAUGGAUUUCUUUGACUGCAUUAUUCUAACAAUUGUCAUUCAGCCUGAAUCUUUUUUCCUCUUAACAGCAUUCCUCUAGGAUUGAAGUAAGUGCUAGGAAAAUUAGUAAUUUUUAUCAUAGUAAAAAAAAUGCAAACCAAAACAGAUCUAUGUAACCUAAGAAUGGCUUAAGUUAAUUAACCACACCUAGCCUAGUACUUAGGAAUAUACCAACUAAAAUUGGAAACCUAAGAGUGCUAAAAACAAAAGUUUGGUUUCAAUGCUCUGUUCUCUAACUCUGUCCACAAAACUGAGGUCUGGGAUAGAAGAACAGUUCCCACUAAGUUCUUCUCUAUAUUGCCUGCAUGUGGCAUCCUUAAUGCAAACCCACUUGGGGGCUGUUAUUGGCUGCACAGAAAUUGAAGCUGAGAAAAAGACAGCUGCCUAGAUGUCACAUAUUACAAAAGAAAGAUCCUGGAUUUUACACAAAACCAUGGACCGCAGAAGCUUACCCUAUCCCUGCCCCUACACCAAUUUUCCCAGGCAGUAGAACUGGUCCCCGGUUAGUCUUCAUGGUCCCCAAGAAGACAUUUCCCUCCUCUGUGCAGUCAGUUUUUCAGUGAAAUGAUCGUGCACCCACCCAAGCUCCCUAGAGAAGAAGGUGACUGUGUCAGCUGCCCGCUGCUAGUCAGCAGGUCCUUUGAAGGUUUUCACAAUCCAGCUGUCGGAGGCAGAAAGUGACGCCACAUAAAUUAUUCACAGGGUUCACAUUGGAGUCCAUUAGCCCUUGGAGUUUGGUGGCCACAGAUAUUCCCACAAACACCCGUUGUUCUCUGUCCCCUAGAUCCUCUGUCACUGUGUUUAUCUGAAUGAGUUCAAAUGUGCCCCAGUGUCGCCGGCUGUCAUCUUCUGCCUCUAGACUGCAUCUUUAUUUUAGGGCUUUGAAAUAUCGUGCGGACACAAACUAGCCUUUAGAACAUGUUCUCUGGGAGGUCAAACGGGCAAAUCAAUUGUGUCUCCAUUUCUCAAUAUUAAGAGAACAGGAAUCUGCAUGGACACCAAAUGCAUCUCCUAACAGGGUCAUUCUUUACCCCCCUCUGAAUCCAGUUCCGGGGAAUGGGAGAUCAGCUUCAAGCCUCGGCCCUCCCUGGGGGCUAAGCAGAGGAUUUGGACAGCCCUUCAGUCAAACAGCAGGCAUAAGCUGUUAGAGAGAACCUCCGCCAGGUUCCGAAAAGCCUAUUUAGGAUGGAUACACGUUUUCAGAUUUGCCAGUUCUUCCUGCUUUAAAGAGAGAAAAAAAAAUCUCUCUCAUGCUGAUGGGCUAUGAAUUUUAUCCAACCCCCCCUUCCUAAUGUAGCAGUGAUAAGAAACACCUACUGUGGAAGAACAAAUUGAGGUUUCCAAUGAUAUGAACCACUGUAUUUGAUUUUAGGUUGUAUUUUUCUUUCACCCCCUUUGAUGGCAUAGAAUUCUGGUGCCUUGCUCCCUGGAUUUGUUUCUGUGCUAUGAGUAGGCUCUCCACAUUCUGGCUUACACGGGAACACAACUAUUCCACAAGUGCCCUUUAGUGCUCUUUAUAAUAUGGUUUCCUGUAAUUUUUAAACUGUAUGUGUAAUUUAUAUUCUGAUUCUGUCCAAUAUUUGACAACUUUAAUAGGUUGAUUUCCAUAUAUAUAUUAUGCAAACAAUUCUUACCUGAUUUUUUUAUGUUCUAUCUCAAGAUCAAUAAAGAUUGCGCCACUUAUUAAU